AUGAUUGAUCUCAAUCCUUCAUAUCAACGAGAGGUCGUAUGGCCAGAGACUAAGCAAAUCGGUCUCAUAGACUCCAUUUUUCGAAAUUUCUACGUACCUCCUGUCGUGUUUGCUGUGCAAAAAGACGAAGACGAUGAAGACGUUUUUAUCUGUGUAGAUGGGAAGCAGGUGUGUACUGCCCGUUUGACUUCAAUACAAAAGUUUUUUGAUGGACAAAUCCCUCAUAGAGACACCAAAACGAAGAAAAACUUUUGGUAUACCACGUCAGAGUCGUCCAAGGGUCAGCGUCUUGAAGUUCCUGACUUUUGGAAGGAAGAAUUUUCAAAGAAGCGGAUUACGUGUGUCACGUAUCGUAACUUAGCUCCUGGCACUGAACGAGAGAUUUUCCAGAGAGUACAGCUCGGCAUGACUCUAACUGCGGCAGAAAAACUGCAGGCUAUCUCUUCGCCAUGGGCACAAUGGAUUGGGGAACUUGAAGCACGGCAUGUUACCGUCGAUGGCGGCCUUUCACACGUUCUUCAAUGGGACACCAAACGUGGUCGGGACUACCAAAACAUUGCCCAUAUGGUGUAUUGCUGUGACGGUAUUCCCAAGCAGCAGUUGCUCCCCACUGCGCAAAAGGUCGAGAAGUGGUUGUCUCGUGUCGAUGAACCUGGGCAGCAAUUCAAAGACGAUAUUGAACGGGUGCUGAAAGACUUUUGGUUGAUUGCACAUAGGAAGGAGCUAAAUGAGGGAUUCACUAAGAUUCAGCAACGUGUGGCACCAGUAGAGUUUCUGUUCGUUGGUGUCUUGCUGUAUACAUUACGCGGUGCGUCAUUGGAAGAUCGGGCAAAGGCCAUUCAUAUCCUCCGCAAAAGUGUUCGCUCAGAAUUCAAAGACAUUCGGAACAAUUCGGUGGUCGGCAAAGCUAUGUGGAAGCACGUCGGCGACUUGGCUGUGAACCCUACCAGCUCGGGGAUAUUCGGUGGAAGUUCGUCGAGUGGAAAGGGGAGGAAGAAGAGGAAGGUGGAUUACAGCGAGGUGGAUGAGGAGUAUCGGCCAGAACCUGUGCGUAGUCUCGGGAAACCGCUCAAAAUACGUCCACGGCCAACCAAAACCUGA